AUGCCUCUCGUUGUUCCUGGUAUCAACUCCAACAUGGGCGACAAGUCCGAGUGGGUUAACAAGCUGAUGGGAAAGAAGAUUAGCGACAGUGGAAGUGAUGAGCUGGUACCUCCCGAAGUUUCAAGGCAUUCAUUUGCGAAGAAAGAUCUGCCCCAAUCCCACCGUGUGCUGAAGCCAGAUGAUAUGAAGACGAUGGACCAUAACCCCGACAGGCUGAAUGUCCACCUUGACCAUGAUGGCACCGUCCGAGAUGUGACCUACGGUUAA